UUUCGGUUUGCUGAUGUGACACCCCCAGCAGGAGCGACUCCAUCUUGGGCCUAGAAAUUUAUUUUGACAUACAUUUGGAGAGCGAACCUUCUGCCUUUUUCGUUGCCAGGAGGACAAGAGGAUUCUAUAGGACUGAAGGACAUCAAAACAGAGAAAAGAAUUAGAGAGAGCUCUCUGGAGGAAGCAAGAACUUGUCCUGUGGUAUCUCUCACAGCUUGGGAGAUGAUACGACAUCUCAUCUUCUGGUGGACAAUACAGCCAAGGCCCUGUUAGAGACAUAGACUCGAUACCUGUGAUGGUACCAGCGUCAAAAGGUAAGAAUGUGAAGACUCAACUACCCUUGAACAGGAUGACCCGGGAAGAAUUGGAGGACAGUUUGUUUCGUCUUCGUGAAGAGCACAUGUUGGUGAAGGAGCUUUUUUGGAAGCAACAGGAUGAGAUCAAAAGGAUGAGGACAGCCUUGCUCCGGUCAGCCGCAGCAGGCCGGGACCGGAGGGCCGAGGUGACAGCGGCGGAGAGCUCUCGGAGCCUACGAGGCGGCGGCGGAACGCUGGGUGGCGGCAGCGGCCCCCCAAGCACCUGCGCCCCCAGCUGCACGGGCUGCAACUGCAGUUCCAGCGCGUCGGCCCCCCUGCUCCCCGUUGCACCCAGCCUCGCGUCCACGCGGGACACAGACAGCUCCACACCGCCGGGGCGGCGGGCCGAGAAACCCAAGAGGGAGUCAAGGGACAGGCUGAGCUACACAGCUCCUCCCACAUUCAAGGAACAUGUGACAAAUGAAAAAGCCAGAGGUGAAGUAUCCAGUGAACCCAGCGAACAUGCCCACAUUAUGACCAGCGAUACUAUGCAAGUGGAAGAACCACCCAAGUCUUCUGAGAAAAUGUGGUCCAAAGAUGAGAAUUUUGCACAGAGAAGCUCUUUGGAGUGCGCUCAGAAGGCCACAGAGCUUCGAGCUUCCAUUAAGGAGAAUAUACAGCUGAUUCGACUUAAGAAGCUCCUACAUGAAAGGAGUACUUCUUUGGCAGUGACAAAAGCACAAUUAACAGAAGUUCAAGCUGCAUAUGAAACUCUGCUCCAGAAGAAUCAGGGAAUCCUGGGUACAGCCCAUGAUGCCCUCCUCAGCCAAGUGAAUGAGCUCAGGGCAGAGCUGAAGGAGGAGAGCAAGAAGGCUGUGAGCUUGAAGAGCCAACUGGAAGAUGUGUCCAUCCUGCAGAUAACACUGAAAGAGUUUCAGGAGAGAGUUGAAGAUUUGGAAAAAGAACGAAAAUUGCUGAAUGACAAUUAUGACAAACUCUUAGAAAACAUGCUGGAUAGCAGUAAUCAGCCUCACUGGAGCAAUGAGCAAGGAGAACAGCUACAGCAGAAAGUCUCUCAGCUGCAGGAUCACCUGGAUGCUGAGGUGGAGGAGAAGAGAAAAGUCUUACUUCAGCUGUCAAGAGAGAAAGCUCAAAACAAGGAUCUGAAGCUUGAAGUCACCAACCUGCUUCAGAAGCAUAAACAGGAAGUGGAGGACCUCCGAAAUAAAGACACAAUUUCCCAAUCUCCUGACUGGCAAUCUGAACCAGCCACUUACCCAGCUCUAUUCCAAGAGACCACUCAGAUAGAGCCCUGUGAACCAAAAAACCAAGAAGAAAAGAAACUGUCCCAGAUGUUAAGUGAGUUGCAAGUAUUGCAUGCAGAAACCAUAUUGGAACUAGAAAAGACCAGAGACAUGCUUAUUCUGCAGCGCAAGAUCAACGUGUGUUAUCAGGAGGAACUGGAGGCAAUGAUGACAAAAGCCGAUAAUGAAAAUAAAGUUCACAAAGAAAAACUGGAGAGGUUGAGUCAACUCCUAGACCUCAAGAACAAGCGUAUCAAUCAGCUGGAAGAACAACUCAAAGAUGUGGCUUAUGGCACCCGACAGUUGUCAUUAUGUCUGAAACCACUGCCAGACCAUGGAGAUGAGGAUAAAGUGGACAUUUCUCCACGGCAUCAGAGUGAGAAUCUUUUCGAACUGCACAUCCACCAGGCCUUCCUGACACCUGCUGCCCUGGCUCAGGCUGGAGACACUCAACCUACCACUUUCUGCACCUAUUCUUUCUAUGACUUUGAAACCCACUGCACCCCACUAGCUGUGGGGCUGGAGCCCCUCUAUGACUUCACUUCUCAGUAUGUGGUGGAGACAGAUUCCCUCUUCUUGCACUACCUUCAAGGGACGUCAGCCCAGCUUCAUCUACACCAGGCUAUAGCCAGUGAGCACCGCACCCUUGCAGCUGGCUGGAUUUGCUUUGACAGGGUUCUAGAAACCGUGGAGAGAGUCCAUGGCUCUGCCACACUUACUGGAGCUGGUGGAGAAGUCUUUGGGGUGCUAGAGUACUGGAUGAGGCUGCACUUCCCCAUAAGAUCCAGCCUACAAGCAUACAAUAAGCGAAAGAAAGCCCAGGCAUACCUGUCAGCCAAUGUGCUUGGAGCCUGGGAGGCCCAGGAGGAUGAGCCCAGAUCGGAGACCAGGAAGCAUCAGAAUGAGCUGCGGGUGGAAGUCAUCCGAUGCUGCGGCCUCCAGAGUCGAUGGCUGGGAGCCCAACCCAGUCCAUACGCCAUGUAUCGCUUCUUUACCUUUUCUGACCACGACACCGCCAUCAUUCCAGCCAGUAACAAUCCCUACUUCAGAGACGAGGCUCGAUUCCCAGUGCUUGUGACUUCUGACCUGGAUCAGUAUCUGAGGCAGGAGGCCCUGUCUGUGUACGUUUUUGAUGAUGAAGACUCAGAGCCUGGCUCGUACCUUGGCCGCGUCCAAGUGCCCUUGCUUCCUCUUGCACAAAACAAAUCCAUUAAAGGUGAUUUUAACCUCAUGGACCCUGGGGGGAAACCCAAUGGAUUUGUUCAGGUGCAGCUGGAUUGGAAGUCUUGCUAUCUACCCCCGGAGAGUUUCCCGAAACCAGAAGCUCCGAGUGAGGAGAAGGACACCAAGGACAGUUUAAAUACCUCAAUUGAAGAGGAAGAAGCUUCCUUUCCUCCCCAGGACCAGAUGGUAUCUAUUGAGAUUCCCAUUGAAGCUGGCCAGUAUCAAGCUAAGCAAAAAGCUCCUCAGGUGGGAGAAAGAAAGGAAGGGGAACACCAGGUUCCAGGUUACUCAAGAAAACAAGGCAAAAGAACAGGCAUUCAAGGAAAGAACAGAAUGGAGUAUCUUAGUCCUAACAUCUUAAGUGGAAAUACACUACAGCAGGUGAACUACACUGAAUGGAAAUUCUCAGGGCUUAAGAUCUCCACAGAUGAUGGUUUAAAAAAUCAGCAAAAGGAAGAGGAAAUGACAUCAUCCCAUUCAGCACGGAUACUAAAGGAAGCCCUACAUCCUGUGAAUGAUAAAGAAUCCUGUGAACAAGCUUCUGAAGUCAGUGAAGCACAAACUACAGAUAGUGAUGAGAUAGUAACACCUGUAUCUCAGAAAUGUCCUAAGGCAGGUUCAGAGAAGAUGUGCAUUGAAAUCAUCUCCCUGUCAUUCCACCCAGAGGCUGAAGUGAUGUGUGAUGAGAAUGUAAAACAGGUGUACGUGGAAUACAAGUUCUACGAUCUACCCUUGUCGGAGACGGAGACUCCAGUGUCCCUGAGGAAACCAAGAGCAGGAGAAGAGAUCCACUUCCACUUUAGCAAGGUGAUAGACCUGGACCCAGUGGAGCAAAAAGACCGAAGACAGUUUCUGUUCGCCAUGCUGACUGGACAAGAUCCUGAGCAAGGACAUUUAAAGUUUACAGUGGUAAGUGACCCUAUGGAUGAGGAAAAGAAAGAAUGUCAAGAAGUAGGCUACGCAUAUCUGGAACUGUGGCAGAUCCUGGAAUCGGGAAGAGACAUCCAAGAGCAAGAGCUAGACAUUGUUAGCCCUGAAGAUCAGGCUACCCCCAUAGGAAGGCUGAAGGUGUCCCUUCAAGCUGCUGCCGCCCUCCAUGCUAUUUACAAGGAGAUGACUGAAGAUGUGUUUCUGUGAUGGGCAAGUGCUAUUCCAUUCUAAACC